AUGGCAGGAAUCGCGGUGGACAGCGAGGCCUGGUUUUUGGAGAGAUGCCAGAAAGUCAAAUUGAGCGAAUCCACCAUUCGCACCCUUGUCGAUGCGGGCUUCAAGAGCUUCGGGACCUUGGCCUUUGCUGUGUCAACCACACCGACGCAACUAGAUGAAGCCGAUGUGAAGCGUUGGAUGGGAAGCAUUUUCCCCCAUGACUUCCCGCCUGAUCAGUCCUCUAAGGUGAGACGUUUGAUGUUUGAAGCCCAGAACCUGAGCGUGGCUGACAUGAGGGCACGCGUGGAGCCUGCCGCUGACACAGCGGUGGUUCGUGCUAUGCCAAAUGCGGAGCGAUUGGCUCGCCAGGAAGCCUUGAAGAAGCGGGUCACGGGCCUCAUUCUUUCACCCGAAACCUUGCCUGCCCAUUCUGUCGUGGAUACUCUCGUCAAACAACUGGAGGAUGGAGUCCUUCAGUACUUGCCAGCAUAUCGCAUCAUCAGCCGUGCCCAAGAAGCUCAGCAGUUGAAGAAAGACCAGCAGGUGGUGGUAGAUGGCGAAGGGAACCUGAAAAUGGCUAGCAAGGCUGAGUCCGCCACUUGUGACACGCACACUGACUUGGCUCUGCGCAAUGCUUGGACUCGUCGUUCGCUGGCCUAUGAUCUUGCGGGUCUCUGCAGCUUUCAGGUUCUUGAGGAGUGGUGUCACAAAUGCUUCCUUGCUUUGAUGAGGCCUGUGCCCAGUGGUUAUUCCAAGGCCCUUUUGCUGCGUGCAUAA